GCCCGACGGCGCGUGCGCGCUGCGCGGCCGGCUGGGCGUCUGGGGGGGCGGGGCGGGGGCAAGUGUGGCUUUUUUGCCUCAUUGUCCCCUAGCGCCGCCCGGACACCGCGCAGGCAGCCGGCACCAUGAAGAUCUGGACUUCAGAGCACGUCUUUGACCACCCAUGGGAAACCGUUACGACAGCUGCAAUGCAGAAAUACCCAAACCCUAUGAACCCAAGUGUGGUUGGAGUUGAUGUGUUGGACAGACAUAUAGAUCCCUCUGGAAAGUUGCACAGCCAUAGACUUCUCAGCACAGAGUGGGGACUGCCUUCCAUUGUGAAAUCUCUUAUUGGUGCUGCAAGAACUAAAACAUAUGUGCAAGAACAUUCUGUAGUUGAUCCUGUAGAGAAGACAAUGGAACUUAAAUCUACUAAUAUUUCAUUUACAAAUAUGGUUUCAGUAGAUGAGAGACUUAUAUACAAACCACAUCCUCAGGACCCAGAAAAAACUGUUUUGACUCAAGAAGCCAUAAUCACUGUGAAAGGAGUCAGUCUCAGCAGUUACCUGGAAGGACUGAUGGCGAGUACGAUAUCUUCAAAUGCUAAUAAAGGCCGAGAAGCAAUGGAAUGGGUAAUACAUAAAUUAAAUGCUGAAAUUGAAGAAUUGACGGCUUCGGCAAGAGGGAGCAUAAGGACACCGAUGGCGGCGGCGGCGUUUGUAGAGAAAUGAGGAGGAAAGUCAGUACCUGACAUCCGCCCCCCAGGUCUCUGCAAACUGGCAAUAUAUUUAUUUGUUAUUUAAAAAAUAAAACUAUAUUUUAGGUAGAGUUUUUUUUUUAUUAAUAAGCUGAAGAAAAGCUAUAGGACUUCUGAUCAAAACAAAGAGGUGCAGGGUUUCUGAAUAAAAGGGAUCAUCCCAAAGUAGUAUUGUUUCAAAUGACCAUCUGAUUUUGAGGAUUCCAGUAUUUAUGUGAAGAUGUAACAAUUUUUGAAAAGUACUUGGAAAAUCAUAUUCGCUAUUAAAUUUCCUUUAAGGUAGAAUUGUAAAGCUUUUCAUGCAUUGGAACUCUACCUGGCUUUGGACCAACCUAGCACAAAGCGGAGCCACCUAGACACAUACAAUUACCCUGCUAUGGUAACCUGCAAGAGCUUGCUCUUUAAAAGGAAAACUUAAAGUUUGAAAAGACAUAUUAAUUUGUAUAAAAUAACUUGCUCUGCUAUAAACCACCAUUAAAAAAUAGAGUGUUUUGUUUUGGUACUUAAAUGACAUUUUUGGAAUGAAAAUUAUCACUAAAAUAAUACAUGACUCCAACAAACAAAACAAAAAAAGAAUUUUAAUGUAUUAAAGAGUACUGUAUUAAUUUGCCAAAGUUUUUUAACUUAGGAAAGGUAUUACCUUCCUUGGAUUUGUACUUUAUGACUUAGUAUGCUAUACCGUGAGCUGGUGAUGUUCACUGAAAAAAUAAAGUCAUUACCGGAAUUCUGCAGCACUCUAAACUUAAACAGAACAGCUGUUCACAUCUUUUAGCUUAGCAUUUCACAUUUGCCUAACUUAUAAAUUGCCAUGUGUCAAAAUCAUGGCUCUGUAAUUGCUAAAGCAUGAUAUGUCAGGUUAUUUGAAUAUAAUUACUUUUUGAAGUAAUUGUGACCACAAAACAUCUUUUUUACAUGAAGAGCUGUACAUCAUUUGAAAUUACUCAAACGGUGUCUUUCUGAAGUAUAAAUCCCAGGUACUUAGUGUUUUUAAUAAUACGGUGCAACUGCGGGGGGUGGGGGCGGUGGGGAAGAAAAAAAGAAUGAUAAUGAGAAAAGAAGCAUUGACCUAAACGAACCACUGUGUGAAUUGCUUGCAGCUUUUAUUUGUGGAAAAUCAAUUAUUUUGGAUGCUAAGGGGCAGCUGCAGUCUGGAAAACAAUCCAGUAAAUGUAUUUCCUAUUUUGUAGCAGGCAGUUACCGACCAGUAAUCUCUCUGAUACUUGCAGUUGUUGCAUACAGAGUAUUUUUGUUAAAAGGUGAUUAGCUCUUGCCUUUAUCUUACAGUGCUAAUGUAAUAAACUCAUCAGGUUUCCUGUAAAAGAAACCAGUUAGUAUGUGUACAUAAACCACAGAAAUAGUAUACCAAACUAUUUAAAAAUUAGUGUUUUUCUACUUAUGUUGUUUAGCUUAAGACUUCGUAGGACAUUUGUAAAAGCAACUUAAAUCCAAUAAGGUUUUUGAUUAUUUUUUGUAACCAGAGAUGGUUUUUACAAAUGUGAAAUAACAUUUCCAUUAAACAAAACGUAGCAAAAUACUGAUGUUUUGAUAAAAAGUUGCCUUGUAUAAUUUCUGUAAAUUAUACUUGUUCUGAAAAAGGUGUAAUGCCCUAACGAUAAAAAGAUUUCUAAACAAA